CGAACCAUGAUAAUGGUGGCAUGGCUAGACACUGUGAAGCCGGGCUUCGGCGAUGCCUACGGCUCAGUAUUCGCGGAAAUGGGCUGCGACGAGAAGAGCGACCUCCAAUUCUUCGACGCUGACGCGCUGCGCAAAUGCAAGGAGAUGCUCACCGCCGCUGCAGGUAAGAAGAUGUACGUCGACACGCCGAAGAUCAUGAACGCGAUCAAAGCUGUCCUCGAGAAAAAAACGCCCAAGGCCCCGCCAAAGCCAAAGCCCGCGGCCCAAAAGCGGCCCCGGCCGAACCAGCCUGACGAGACGCCGGUCCGCGGCCGCGGCGGAGGCGGCCGCGGUGUGGGAAGCAGCUCGAGCGGCCGUGGCCGCGACGCGGGCAGCAGCUCGAGUGGCAGCUGCGGUGGCUCCCCUUGCUUGACCAAAGGGCGCAUGACGCGGAACGGGCAAGAGGGCGUGCGCGAGCAGAUCCUGGCCGCCUUCAUCGCUGCGCAAGAGGCGAAGAACCUGGACGGCAUGGUGCUUGCCAAGGAGAAGCUCAAGCGGUUCCUCGAGGAGUACUCUAAACACGAACAGGACCAGUUCAUGCUCGGUCAGCUCGAGGAGGCCAUCCGCGAGCACGAGCAGCAGUGAGAGCGGCUGACUGUGUGCGGCUCCCCGCCUUCGAGUAAGCCGCACGCCAGCCGCACGCCUCGCCGGCGUCCGAGCCACGCGGACUGGGCGCGGGCGACGGGGCUGCGAGAGAGGGUGGACGGGGAGGCGACCCACUCGCGAGCUAGGUGGAAUUGACCACGGCGUGAAGGGGUUGUCUGUGCGGGACCCGUCGCUCUGUCUUCGUCACUCUUCUGCUC